AGAGAGAGAUACCAGGGCAAACUUGCAGCAGGCCCCUGAGCAUGUGCGGAAAUGUUGUCAUCAGUUCCACAGAGAAAGACUCGGUGGAAAUCAAAGAAGACAGUAAAAGUCACAAGAUCUUUUCCAACCUUCCCUUCCCUGAAUGCCUGGGAAGAAGUCAGGGGCCUCUUGCCUGUGGAUGGGGAGCCAAACCCUGGAGUUGGCCUGGGUGUGGAGGAGGGACUGCUCUGCCAGAUGCUUCAUUCUCCAGAAUUCAACCUAUUUCCUGACUCAGUGGUGUUUGAAAGCAACUUUGUCCAGGUCAGAAAGGGCAGGAACUGGAUAGACAUCUACAAAGCCUCCAACACCAUGGCCCUUGGGGUAACCUCCUCCGUGCCCUGCCUGCCCCUUCCCAAUAUCCUCCUCAUGGCUAGUGUCAAAUGGCACCAGGGACAGAGCCAGACAUGGAACAGACCAUCUAUGGCCCCAAACAUCAAGCUGAAGAGGAUCCUCCCACUGAAGUUUGUGGAGUUCCAGGUCUGUGACCGGCUUCAGCGCAUCCUGCGUUUGAGGACAGUCACCGAGAAGAUCUACUACCUAAGGCUCCACCCUGACCAUCCUGAGACUGUCUUCCACUUCUGGGUCCGACUGGUUCAAAUUCUGCAUAAGGGCCUGUCCAUCACCACCAAGGACCCUAGGAUUCUUGUCACUCACUGUCUGGUACCCAAGAACAGCUGCAGCCCCUCGGGAGACUCUAACUCAGUAGAGAAGAAACCCCAAGCCUCCCAGCCCAGCGAGAGCCUCAUGCAGCUGAUGGCCAAGGGGGAGAGUGAGGCGCUCUCUCAGAUUUUUGCCGACCUGCGCCAGCACAAUGAGUUCAGUUCCAGGAGCAGCAAAAAGACACAGACCAAAAGGGACAGCUCAGAGAAAGAUACUCACAGUGAAGACGGCAUCCCUUGCACCCGCGACCUCAGUUGGAGAGAUUCGCUCACUUAUGGAGAGUGGGAAAGAGAGAACCCCUCUGGGCCACAGCCCCUUUCACUCCUCAGCACCCUGGCAGCCUCCACGGGGCCACAGCUGGCCCCACUCAUAGGAAAUUCUAUUUGAACCACCUUUUCGCACUGGGGAGAAUCUAUGCAGCCCUCGCCAACGCCACUCUGCAGCAUUCAGCUUUCUGAGGGACUCUGUCUGGAUGUAGGGGAGGAGAAAGCUACAACUAAGGAAAAACUAGACUCAUCUCACGCUGAUAGCAUAGCCUUUCCCUGGAGAACCACCUGGGAGCAUGGCUCCGGGUAAGAGCAUUAUUCCAGCAUCAUUCCAGUACGUAACUCCGGGUCCGUGCCACUACCCAUCACACCUUGCCUCCGUUACCACCACCAGGGCAGGCACAAGAAGAUGUGCUCUCAGAAGGGCCGCGGACAAGAGAUGGAGAGAAGGAAGGAAAGGGAGGCAGGACCAGAGGAGAGGGGGACGAGAAACAAAAUGGCGGUGAAGAGCAAGGGGAGGGAGAAAGUCAGAGAAGAAGGGACAUCUCACAGAGAGGUGGUAAGAAAACAGAAGGGACCUGAAUGAGAAGCUGAAAAGGACAAGAGAAGACAUACACCACUGAGAGAUGCCUCAUGAAGCUUCUAUUUAUCUAAUUUAAAACUUGAAAGUAAGGCCAUAUACCCAACAAAUGUGUUUUCUUCUCUGUGCCAAUUAUUCUGGAUAACUGUGAGGGGCUAAAAACUAAUUCCAGCCAA